AUGGUACCUUCGCCGCUGUCGAAUGGUUACCAGAAAGUCCCGCUGCAUGAGGAGUAUUUCGUUCCAAGCGAUGAGGCCACGGCGCCCCGCAGCAAAGGAAAAAGAGACGUCACCUUGACUCAUGGCAUCAGCGAGGAUUUGCUUCGGGUUGACAGCCCAGAUGAAGUUGAAGCCAUGUCGCCAUCAGACAGAGAGUCGAUCUUCUGCUUUGUUGAGUCAUGGUGGUUCCAUCUGGUGGCAGCUUCGGUCAUAUGUUCCAACACUGUUAGCAUUGUCCUGGAAGCCGACUCGGAGGACUUAAUCAAGAAGCUGUAUUGGUUGGACCAAGCAACUUUGCUCUUCUAUGUCUUGGAGCUGCUCUGCCGCGUAGGUUUAUGGAAGUGUCGGCUGCUGUGUGGUCCCCGCCACCUCCUGCUAUGGAGCCUCCUAGAUCUCAUUGUCGUGGGAGCUGGUGUUCUGGACCAGUGGCUGUCCCCUUUUUUGCCGGUUGACACCGCUUCGUGGUCCAACCUUCUUGGUGUCAUUCGAUUGCUGCGACUGACACGCGUUUUGAAAGUGGUCGGUUUUGUGCUGGAGUGGGAUCUGUCCUGGACAGAUCAGCCAGCUUUUCAAUCCUUCAUCGGUGGCGUGAUUGCCUUCAAUGCCCUGCUGAUGGGAUUUGAGACUGACUAUGAGUGGGGAGGUUGGGCAGUAAUUGAAAACUUCUUGUUAUGCAUUUACGUCUUUGAGCUUGUCGUUCGAAUGAAGCGCCUCGGUUGUGACUUCUUCUCGUGCGACAGCCCGGACCUUGUCUGGAAUCUGCUGGACUUGGCCAUUGUCGUCAGUUCUGCUGUGCUUGGCUCCGUGUCACCAGUAGCGAAGCAAGGCACCCGAAAGAGCAGCAAAGCCGCGCAUGGCGUGAACGUGGGAAGUGCGGAGGCAGAUGCGCUACUCGUCUCCUUCUCUAUCAGCCAGUUGUCUGGGAGCACCUUUGCGGCAGUUAUUCCUGAUGUCGAUUGUGGUGUUGAGGUUACCCUGUACGCGAUGGGAAUAUUGACCACACGACUCAUCGGUCACAAAAUGAUUUUCGACACGGAUGAGGCUGAGGAGUCGUUUCACGGAAUCUCUGCAGUCAACGCUGAGGUGCCAGACAGCAUGUUCACUCUCUUUCGUGUUAUGAGCGGUGCCCAAUCAGACUCAGAAUCUGCAGCGCUGGCGAGAGAACCCAGCCAAGGCAUCAUGGACAACAUUCCGACCUUCAAGUUUGCCUUUGUCUUCUUCAUGGUCAGUGAGAACAUGAUAUCCACGACUUCCAGCCAAGAGAAGGAGAUACAGCUUAUGUCGGAAGAAGAGGAUCGGAAGCGCCACAUCGAAGAUCUCAAGGAGCUCUUCAAAGAGAUCAACACCAGAGGCGACGGGAUUGUGCGUGAGAAGGAUCUCAAGAAUUUCCUGUCCAUACCUGAUAACGCAUACGAGACAGCCAAGAUGUGCCGUGUUCCAGUCCGGCAUGUGACGGAGGUAAUGCAGACGCUCUCAAUCAACAAUCCCGUCAUCAAAAUGGAAGACUUUGUUGAAUGUUUGCUGGAUGUCGGAAAUCCCGUCACAGAAAAGUCAACGAUGAGGUUGGAAGCGCUCCACCUCGAAACAAGAACCCAGAGCGAGAGGCCGGUUCUGUGUACCUGA